UGCUAUCCGGAUCAUUUUUUAUCUUCAUUUUAUAAUUACAAUUGGAAGCCAUUUUUUUUCGCACCUCCCGGCCAGCAGGUGGCACUAAGACGCCAUAAACUGUAAACCUCAAAGGAAAAGAAGAAUGGCGUUAGCUGCUAGCUGUUGUUAGCAGAGCUCCAGGACAACGCGGCCUGCAGAACCGGGGAACCGUGAGUGGUUCUGACCGCUCUGAGGACCUUGUUGAGGAGCCGGUUAGAUCAGAACCAGUCGGUCCAAAAGAAGCAAAUGGUAAAACCAUAAAAGUUCGGCUGAAUCUGUAUCAGACCGAAGGUAAGCCCAUGGAGACCCUCAAUGAGACCCCCGCUGUGUUACAGCCCCGUUGGAAGCGGGUCCUAGGCUGGACCGGCCCGGUUCCGCGACCCCGGCACGGACACCGGGCCGUGUCCAUCAAGGAGCUGAUGGUUGUGUUCGGAGGGGGAAACGAGGGAAUCGUGGACGAGCUCCACGUCUAUAACACAGCCACCAACCAGUGGUUCAUCCCAGCGGUGCGCGGCGACAUCCCUCCUGGCUGCGCCGCCUACGGCUUCGUGUGCGACGGGACGCGGCUGCUGGUGUUCGGAGGGAUGGUGGAGUACGGCAAGUACAGCAACGAGCUGUAUGAGCUGCAGGCCAGCCGCUGGGAGUGGAAACGUCUGAAGGCCAAACCCCCGAAGAAAGGCCCGCCCCCCUGCCCGCGACUCGGACACAGCUUCUCUCUGAUUGGCUCCCGCUGCUUCCUGUUCGGCGGCCUGGCCAAUGAGAGCGAGGAUCCUAAGAACAACAUUCCCAGGUACCUGAACGACCUGUACUGCCUGGAGCUGCGACCCGGUUCCACGGUGGUCAGCUGGGAGAUCCCGCCCACUUCGGGCCCGGCGCCGCCGCCCAGGGAGAGUCACACGGCAGUGAUGGCGAGCAGGGGCGGAGUCAGCCGACUCAUCAUCUAUGGCGGGAUGAACGGCUGCCGGCUGGGCGACCUGUGGAUCCUGGACGUAGACUCUCUGGUGUGGAGCCAACCAGCUCUCAGCGGGACGCCACCCCUCCCCCGCAGCCUGCACUCUGCCACCGUCAUCAACCACAAGAUGUACGUGUUCGGAGGAUGGGUCCCUCUCAUCGAGGACGACGUCAAGAUGGGGACCCAUGAGAAGGAGUGGAAGUGCACCAACAACCUGGCCUGCCUCAACCUGGAGACGAUGUGCUGGCAGACGGUUCUGAUGGACGGUGAUGAGGAGAACCUUCCCAGAGCGCGGGCCGGCCACUGCAGCGUCGCCAUCAACUCCCGCCUCUACAUCUGGAGCGGCCGCGACGGAUACCGCAAGGCCUGGAACAACCAGGUGUGCUGCAAGGACCUGUGGUACCUGGAGACAGAGUGUCCCGUGGCGCCGUCCCGGGUCCAGCUGGUCCGGGCCAACACCUCGUCCCUGGAGGUGAGCUGGGGUCCGUCCAAAACCGCCGACACCUACCUGCUGCAGCUGCAGAGGUACGACAUCCCCGCCACACCCGCUGCCGCAGCACCCGCCAGCCAUGCUGUCCCGCCGCCCGGAAGCCCGUCAGCUGCAGCGGUCCUGAAGAUGGCGACGGCGCCCGGUGCAGCCAUGGCGACGCUUUCUGCAGGUGUUCGCGUGUCGCCACCUGCCCAGCCCGGUCAGACGCCAAUCAGCAGCAGCCCCCAGAUGAGCGGCAUGGCGGCCCUGGCGGCGGCGGCGGCGGUGACGCAGAAGAUCCCUCCGUCCUCAGCGGCCGUCCUCGGCGCCGUGAAGACUGUCAACAACCCGGCCACGCGUCUGCUGAAGACAGCCGCCGCUCAGGUGGGCGGGGCUUCGGUAGUCCCCGCCCCCACGGCGCAGAGCCGGCCAAUCAUCACCGUGCAUAAGUCCGGCUCACUGAUGGUCUCCCAGCAACCGCAGGUGGUCACCACUGUGGUGGGCGGAGUCACGAAGACCAUCACCAUCGUCAACAGCCCCAUUAGCCUGGGAGGAGGCGGGGCUUUGAUUGGUAACCUUGGCAACCUGGGGAAGAUGGUGUCUGUGGUCCAAACCCGACCGGUCCAGAGCGCAGUGGUUACUGGUCAGGCUGGGAGCAGCCCAGUCACUCAGAUCCUUCAGACGAAGGGCAUACUUCCUGCGGGAACCAUCCUGAAGCUGGUGAGCACCGCGGACGGGAAGCAGACCGCCAUCAUCAGCACGACGCAGGCCGGCUCCAACAAACCCGCCAUCAUCAAGACCAUCCCGCUGUCGGCUCUGCAGGGAGCAGCAGGUGGGAACAGUCCAAUCACCAUCCUGAGCUCCAAGGUGGGAACUCCAGGAACGGAGAAGUUGAUCAACGCCGUCCCCAGGAUGUCCGCGGGCCAGCAGGUCACACAGGUGGUGCUGAAAGGAGCCCCCGGGGUGGCCGGUACCAUCCUCAGAACCGUACCAAUGAGCGGAAUCAGGGUGGUGUCUCCGGCCGCCGCUGGCACCAAGCUGGUUGUCAAGGGAACCACAGGCGUCUCCAGCCUGGGGAUGGGAACAGGAAACGUCUCUGCCGCCUUGUUGGGAGGAGCCUCGCUGACCACACCCUCCGCCUCAUUGGCCAGCCAGGUUGCCACAGCAACCGCCUCCGGACCUAGACAGGUACCUGCUGCAGGUUCGGGCUCGUUUAGCCCCGCCCCGCCCCGCUCCGACGAUCCUCCUGCUUCCUGUCUGCAGGUGACUCUGAUCACGACACCCAGCGGCGCCGAGCCACAGCCGCUGGUCCAGGACCUGCCGGUCUCCUUCAUGGCCUCCCCGACCUCAGAGGAACCUGGCAGCACCACAGGUACCACUACUACCACUAACGCCGAGGGAGACGCAGCCACAGCGGUGACUCUGGUCUGCUCCAACCCCCCCUGUGAGACCCAUGAGACCGGAACCACCAACACCUUCACCACCGCUGGGGCCGGCGGAGUCCAACAGGUGUGCUCCAACCCCCCCUGUGAGACUCAUGAGACCGGAACCACCAACACCGCCACCACCGCUACAGCUCAGCAGAGUGGAGACGGUCUCCAUGGAGACGCCACAGAUUCUGCCCCCUCGUCUGAUGCUGCCGUCAGUCAGAGUGCAGCGGUUACCACAGUAACGCAUGCCACGCCCACACCGGGUCCGUCUGUCCCGGAUCUCUCCUCAUUGGUUGGUGCUGAGAGGGCGGAGUCCUCUGAAACCCUCGCCAUGGCAACAGGAGAAGAGGAGGAGCCAGCAAUGACAGACGGCCAAUCAGAGGGCAUGAUGUCAUCAGGAGUGUCGGAGCUGCAGGUUGAGAUGGCGUCCUCAGACGGAGGUCUUCCUCAGCAGCUGAUGUCAUCAGAGGGGGACGGAGGUGAGGAGAUCUCCAGGACGAUGACCUUCACGCUGACGACGGGACAGGUCCCAGACCAGAUGGCUGUUGCCUUGGCGACCGAGGGAGCAGCCAGGACCGUCGGUGAAUCAGGCGACCAGGCCAUCCGUAUCGUUCUGACACCACAGGAGCUGGCGGCGCUGGUCCAACAGCAGCAGGAACCAGAACCAGAACCCAGCAGCGUGCCCACAGAGGGGCUCGCCCCGGCCGACAGCCUGAACGACCCGACCGCAGAGAGCCACGCCUCCCAGCCGGCCGCCGCCGCCGCUGUCAUCAGCGCCGUCGCCCGGCUGGCCAGCACAUUCAGCCCCGCCCCUUUGGUGACGGAGACCAAGACCACGGCUGUCGCUAUGACGACGGAAACCACCAACGGCAUCAGAGAGCCGCCUCCUGAACCGACCUCUCGAAUGAAGUCGGCGCCAAAGGAGAACCCGUGGUUUGACGUCGGCAUCAUGAAGGUCACCAACGCCGUUGUGACUCAUUACUACGUUCCCUACGACGACGAUGACAACGCGGUGGAGGAUGACUCCGGGGCGGCGCCGGACUACAGCCAGAUGAGGAGGGUGGAGCUUCAGCCGGGAACCGCCUACAAGUUCCGGGUGGCAGGGAUCAACAUCUGCGGCCGCGGCGCCUUCUCCGAGGUGGCGGCGUUCAAGACGUGCCUCCCCGGGUUUCCUGGAGCGCCGUGCGCCAUCAAGAUAAGCAAGAACCUGGGCGGGGCCCAGCUCACCUGGGAGCCGCCCGCCGUCACCGCGGGGAGCAUCACAGAGUACUCGGUGUACCUGGCCAUCCAGUCCAGCCAGGCCAAGCCGCCCGGUUCUGGCCCAGCCCAGCUAGCCUUCAUGAGGGUGUACUGUGGUUCCGACCCGUGCUGCCUUGUUCAGGCCUCCACCCUGGCCAACGCGCACAUCGACUACACCACCAAGCCGGCCGUCAUCUUCCGCAUCGCCGCCCGCAACCAGAAGGGCUACGGGCCGGCCACGCAGGUCCGAUGGCUGCAAGAAACCAGUAAAGACUCCAAGCCGGCGCUGAAGAGAAGUGGAGCUUCUCAGGGAAUGUAAGAACCGGCGCCGUAUCCCAGAAUCCCACCUGACACAAAGAUGGUUGCCAAAAACUCAACCUGCUCCACCAGAACCUGAGCUCACAGAUACCGGACCUUGGUUCUGGUUUCAUCAAUCAGCUGAGACCAACGGCGGAUUUUGUCGAAGGUCCAAACCCGAUCGGCAGCUGCUCCGGAGGUUCUGAAACUCCUCCGACUCAUUUCUACUUGGGUCCAGGUACAUCAGCGUCCAAUCAGACGGGCUGAUGGUUCUGAAGGUUUUGGAGCUCCUCCAUCACACUGUGAGGUUCUGGUCCAAACUCUGUUCUCCUUCAGAACCAACCCAACACAAUGUGAAGAGCCAGAACCGGCUCCCUCCCUCCCGGUCCGUUUCUGUUCCUGAUUUUAAACCAUGAAAACACCAGAACCAGAAUUUUCUUGAAUGUUGGACUGUUAGCUCAUCCGGAUCCGUUCAGAUCAGAACUGUCAAACUCCUGGCCCGAUGUGGGUGGAGCUUAAAGACAACAGGUGUGUUCAGGUGACGUCCCCUGGGUCAGAACUUUGCCUUUUCUUUGAGUUCUGGUGUUUAGUGGGCGGAGCCUGAGAUGAUUGAGACGCCCUAAAGUGGGCGGGGUCUCGAUUGUGGGCGGGGCCUGAUGUAAAAAAAAAAUUCUUAAGCUUUAAUAAAACAAGUUUUUGGUUUUCUUUCUGUUGACAGAGGGCUCUGAUUGGUCCGCUUGUGCUGAUGUUUAAUAUUCUCUGGAACAAUAAAGAUUUUUAGAGCAUUUUUA